UAGCCUUGGCUAUGGUAUUGCUUGUUAUGUUCAGCCUCAACAAACAAGUGUUGGGCAAAGAAAUAAUCGGAAGAAAAUUUGCUCAAGCUAAGCUCAAUGAGAAGAGUUCUACAAUGAAGGAGUUGAGGCUUGAUAAUUGCAGCUUCGCCUCUAAGGAGAAGAAAUGUAAUAGUACUGCAUUUGAUGAUGAUAAGAGAAAAGUGCCCACUGGUCCAAAUCCAUUGCAUAACAGGUGAAGGCAGAGGCAAAGAGAUAAAAAAAAUAUCGAGAAAAGGAAGAAGAAUAAAAGAAGAGGAAUAGAUCGAGGCUACAGGUGGGUCGGUGCAGAGCCAAAUCAAAUGAGUGCAGUGGGCCACAAGGAGCUCAGGGCAUUAGAACGCCUAGAGAUGACCAACACGAGUGCACUACUAGGAGUGUGGAAUUCAUGUGUUGAGCUUAUAAUUGUUGGGGUUAAUGAUAGUGGCUAGUAAUUAGAUGUACGUGAUCACUGUUUGAGCUCAGUGACACCAAUAAUUCUCCAUGAUUUUGACAUGAGAAAGAGAGAGAGGGA